AUGGCAUUUUCAGUACCUAUUCAAGAGAGUGCUCCACAUAUCUACAUUUCGGCGCUUCCGUUCACACCUAUAGGAUCGCAUAUGCAUAUGGAGGGGUUAUCAAUGUAUAAGAACACUCUCAAAGUGACUAAAGGGCUGGAAAAGUCAUACCAGGGACUUCCAGAAGCGCUUCGGGGACAUACAAAUGGAGUCACGGCAAUCGCAUUUUCACCAGACGGCUCACGCAUUGUCUCUGGAUCGGAUGAUAAAACGAUUCGACUAUGGGAUGCGGAGACGGGCCAGUCGUUGGGAGAACCACUCCGAGGCCACACAAACUGGGUCAGGGCCGUCGCAUUCUCACCAGACGGCUCGCGAAUCGUCUCUGGCUCGCACGAUCAUACGAUUCGACUAUGGAAUGCGGAGACGGGCCAGUCGUUGGGAGACCCACUCCGAGGCCACACAAACUCGGUCAGGGCCGUCGCAUUCUCACCAGACGGCUCGCGAAUCGUCUCUGGCUCGGAUGAUAACACGAUUCGACUAUGGAAUGCGGAGACUGGCCAGUCAUUGGGAGACCCACUCCGAGGCCACACAGACUGGGUCACCGCCGUCGGAUUCUCACCAGACGGCUCGCAAAUAGUCUCUGGCUCGGCUGAUCAUACCGUUCGACUAUGGAAUGUGGAGACGGGCCAGUCGUUGGGAGACCCACUCCGAGGCCACACAUCCUGGGUCAGGGCCGUCGCAUUCUCACCAGACGGCUCGCGAAUUGUCUCUAGCUCGGAUGAUAAGACGGUUCGACUAUGGAAUGCGGAGACGGGCCAGUCGUUGGGAGACCCAUUCCGAGACCACACAGACCGCGUCAGCGCCGUCGGAUUCUCACCAGAUGGCUCGCGAAUCGUGUCUAGCUCGGAUGAUACGACGAUUCGACUAUGGGAUUCGGAGACGGGCCAGUUGCUGGGGGACCCAGUCCGAGGCCACACAGACCCGGUCAGCGCCGUCGCAUUCUCACCAGACGGCUCGCGAAUCGUCUCUGGCUCGGAUGAUAACACGAUUCGACUAUGGAAUGCGGAGACGGGCCAGUCGUUGGGAGACCCACUCCGAGGCCACACAAACUCGGUCACCGCCGUCGCAUUCUCACCAGACGGCUCGCGAAUCGUCUCUGGCUCGGACGAUCAUACGAUUCGACUAUGGAAUGCGGAGACGGGCCAGUCGUUGGGAGACCCACUCCGAGGCCACACAAACUCGGUCAGCGCCGUCGCAUUCUCACCAGACGGCUCGCGAAUCGUCUCUGGCUCGUACGAUCAUACGAUUCGACUAUGGAAUGCGGAGACGGGCCAGUCGUUGGGAGACCCACUCCGAGGCCACACAAACUGGGUCACUGCCGUCGCAUUCUCACCAGACGGCUCGCGAAUCGUCUCUGGCUCGUGGGAUAACACGAUUCGACUAUGGAAUGCGGAGACGGGCCAGUCGUUGGGAGACCCACUCCGAGGCCACACAAACUGGGUCAGGGCCGUCGCAUUCUCACCUGACGGCUCGCGAAUCGUCUCUGGCUCGGACGAUCAUACGAUUCGACUAUGGAAUGCGGAGACGGGCCAGUCGUUGGGAGACCCACUCCGAGGCCACACAAACUCGACGGCUCGCGAAUCGUCUCUGGCUCGGGACGAUCAUACGAUUCGACUAUGGAAUGCGGAGACGGGCCAGUCGUUGGGAGACCCACUCCGAGGCCACACAAACUCGGUCACCGCCGUCGCAUUCUCACCAGACGGCUCGCGAAUCGUCUCUGGCUCGCACGAUGAUACGAUUCGACUAUGGAAUGCGGAGACGGGCCAGUCGUUGGGAGACCCACUCCGAGGCCACACAAACUGGGUCACCGCCGUCGCAUUCUCACCAGACGGCUCGCGAAUCGUCUCUGGCUCGCACGAUCAUACGAUUCGACUAUGGGAUGCAGAGACGGGCCAGUCGUUGGGAGACCCAGUCCGAGGCCACACAGACUGGGGAGGCGCCGUUGCAUUCUCACCAGACGGCUCGGAAAUCACGUCGGUUCCAGCUGACAGCACAAUUACACUAUGGAAAACCGCAUUUGCCGAGUUAUCCAACCAUAAUGGUCAGCUGAGUCAGUCAAUCCAGGAUGGCCUUAUCUCGCAUCAAAAUACCCUGGCUUUAUUGAAAGUUAUGCUUUCCCAGCUCCGAACAUUUACUCUCUCUGAUGACGGUUGGGUGUAUCUCUCAGGGAAACUUCUAUUUUGGGUUCCACCAGACAAUCGGCUCUCAUUGACGUCUCCACUCCUGCUCACCUUACCAACGUCCAGCCCUCCCUACCCAACCAAAAUAGAUUUCACACGGUUUGAAUGUGGCUCCUCUUGGACAAAAGUCCGAGGCAGCGUCAAUCAAUGA